AUGAGGCAGCUCAUGAGGACCCAAACUACCAUUUCCCGAGGGGAGCUCGGAGGACUGUGCUUCUUUGGAGACCCAUGCACCAUCGCCAACUCUCUAGCCAUAAGAAAAGCAUGGGAGAGGCCAGUCUACAUGGGAGACAGAGAGCUAGGAAAAGCUCGGGUGGCUGUCACCAGUGACUAUGAGGCAUGGAGAAAUAGAAGAUGGGUGGCCCAAUCAUCCUCCACACCUACCACGAGCGCCAAAAAUGAAGGGCUGCAGGCUCAGAUCGACGCCUUAACCCAGAGGAUAGAGAUCAUGGGAGCCCAGAUGAGGGCCCUUGAGGAAAAAGAGCAAGAAUCUAUCCUCACGAUUGAUGGUCUGCGGAGGCAAGGCAAGAAAAAGGAUCAUGAAAUAGAGCGCCUCAAGGACCAAUGUGCUGACGCCAACGAACAAGCUAUCCGAACAUCCAAAACUGCCAGAACCAGUUCGGAUAGCCAACUGCAAGAGAUAACCGCCAAAACAGCACACCUUGAGGCCGAAUCAGCUAAGCAGGCUCAAACGAUCAAGGAGUUGUCAGAAGGGCUCCUCAAGGCUCGGUUAGACAUCCACCAAGAGCGAGAGGCCAACAGGAGACUCACCAAAAGUCUCUCUGAGCUACGCCACAAAGAGAAGGAAGGGCUAGCUCAGUAUAGCCAAGUACUUCAAGAGAAAGACCGAGCCGUUGAAAAGCUUGAUGAACUACAAGCCUUGGUCGUUCAUCAAGAGGCGAAGAUCAAAGAGGCUCAACAGUACAGUGAAGAUAUGAGCCAGGCAGUCCGCAAACAAAGCGAAGCACUUGCCCAUCAUGUCCGGGAAGCUGAGAGGGAACUACAGAGGAAUCAAGACCCUCCUAUGGGUUUCUUUAAAGUUUUCCGCUUUUGCCAAAAGUUGCUUCGCAGUAUAGAAUAG